CGACGAUAUACUGAAACAAAGCAGCCUUGAUGGCGCUGCCCUCCCUCGCCAUUUUCCUCGUCUUCUUCAUCUCCGCUUCAGCGACGAGCACACCAUGCCCCUCCAAAGCUACCGCGUUGACGCUCGCCGAGUCCUUUUGGCGAUGGCAAUGGGUGGCCCUAGGGUGUGAGGGUGGCUUCGAGGGAGAUGUGUUGGAGGUCAUCCUCACACCCGCAGAGCACGGCCUUUGCGAAGUCAUCCUGGUGCGGCCCAAGGGGGAUUUGCGCAUUCUCUACGAUCAGAGCAAGACGACAUUUGACGAGAAGAUGGCAGGUCAGAUGCGCAGGUGAGCGGCGGGUGAAAGGAAUGAGCAGUGCGUCCUUCAAGUUCUGCACGCGUCGGAAUGAUGGUAUCGAUCAACCUACCUGGGCUGUUGUCAUGUCAGGGAGGGCAACUGGGUCGGGCUGGACGCUCAUCUGUGCUCCGAGACGUCCUUCAUCGGCAUGCAGGCACGUUGCACUCACACAUGUGUGCAGCAUGCAAUCAUGCAUUGUUUUGUCACCGAUGGCCUCUUCUGUCCCUGUCCCCUUAGCCCCUCACCCGACCGAUUCGGAAGGAGCAGAUAACCUUCGCAUUCGAACAAAUCCAACGACUGCGUGCACAGGAAAUCAAGGUCAACCCCACAGCAAACUCCGCAGACUAGCAAUUUUCCCACUGAAUCCCACAUUUUCCUCUUCAUUGUCUGUGCGCCAGGGUGGCCGUAAGUGUGGCGGCGAUUUGGCAUUGCACAGCGAUCUUGGGGUGACCCACGCCGAGGAAGAGAUGGUGGCGUUGGGCGUCGAGAAGAAAUUCACCAUCUACGUCAAGGAAGGGCCCGUCAACACAGGUCAGCCUCAACACAUGAGGGCAUGACACCCGUGGAUGAAUUGAAUGGUUUUGUUCCGUGCAGAUACGACAGAGACGAAGGUGGUGGAUACAGCCACUGCCCGUCGCCGCCUUGGCUGGUUCGGUAGCAGCAGCUCCUCCGAUGGCGGUGCUGCCAUCCCGGUGACAGUGCGGCUGAUCAUGUACGAGCAGUGGCACGGUAGCGACAACAACAUCACCCGCAGCUACCGCUUCGUGUCCUCCAAUCCAUCCCCAUGCAGGUGUCCAUAUGCAUGUAUGCAUGUCGAGGGUGACAGGAAGGAUGUUUGCAUAUGGCUUGCCGUCUGUGUGUACGUGCAGAAUCUCUGCGGCGACGGCCAAGAACAUGCAAAAGAACAUCAUGAUGAUGGACGACCUGCGAGACACUGUCCUUAACCCACUCACCGAUCUCUGCAGGCCAGCGUCUCUCCAUCAACCUCUCGGUCCGUCUGGUGUGAUGUGCAGGUAUCGCGACAGAAUCAGCGUGCGGGCGAGUGGCAGGCGCGUAUCAACGAGGUGGCGCUCGACCACGUGCACGGCGGGCCGGAUGCAUGGCGUCGGAAGUACCUCGGGGAUCGGACCAAGGAAGGUGAGUACGGCUCUCAUGUGGAGGACAACAUCGCAUUUUGUGUUGUCGGCUGUAUCCUCAGCGGUGCUGCCGUACCUCGAUAAGGAGAGGCUCAAACAAAAGUCGGAGCGAAUGGCGGACGCCACCCUCAAGCGGCUCGGUAGAUCGUUGGCUAGAAGGGAAGGAAGAGACACGGCCCAUCCAUCCAUGUGUACGUGGUAUGGUUGGUGAUAUGCCGUGGGCCUGUCGCGUACUGUACAGGUCUGUAUGAGUUCCCCCUGUCCUACGACGUCCGCAAGGCCCAUCCCACUUGCGUUUUGCCACCAAGAAGUCAGGUGCGUACCAAUGCGUGCGUGCAUGCGAGGAUGGAUGGGUGAGCACAUGUGCGUCAAGACAUCAAUAAGUGAAAGGCUCGUCCCCCGGGUUGAUGCAGGAUUCAUGCGGGAGCUGUUGGGCGUUUGCGGCCGUGUGAGAAUGGCUGAUCCUCGCCUGUCUCUGAUACGCACACAAGGUGUUCACUUCUUUGUGUGUUCAGCGGGGCGUGGGAGAAACAAGUUUGCAAGCUUGGCGAUGGACACGUAAGACCAUCAACCCCUCAUGGCUGCCAGGACGUGUCAGUUGCCGGUCUGUUCUUCCCAAUCAGGCCCGAGAUCUCUCCAGACAGCGCAUUAUCAACUGCGGGGAAUCCUCGUUCGGCUGCGAUGGUAUGUGGAGGGAGACAGGAUCAGAAGUUCUCUCCUUCCAUUGAUGCUGCUGUCUGCAUGGCCAGGUGGCCAUGCCUACACGGCCUACAACGCCAUUUUGCGGGACGGUGUGGUGCCCGAGAGCUGCGCCCCAUACACGAGCGGCAAGAGUGGAGCGCCUGUCGGUGAACCCCUCGGCACCGGCCUCUGCAAACACAAAUCCACGUACUCGGUCCGUCGGCCAACGAGAAAACCGACAUUGAUUGCACGACCUACUUGAUGUGUGUGUGGCUCUUGCUCACAGGGUUGCGACAUGUACUUUGGCCGCCCGCCCAAUACUAUUGAGGCGGACAAAGGACAGUUCAUAAGGGACGGAGAGGUACAACCCUCCUUCACCACACACAUGGCUGGCCGGCUGUCUGCCUGUGUGUGGUGAUGCACCAGGUGUCGGGCGUCCCCAAUUCGCCUUCGACGUCCUUUCUCAUGGGCGAGGCUGCCAUCCAGGUCCGCCCACGGUGAGACCGCAUCGGAAUGGCGUGUCUGCCAGCUCUUCUCCUCUCUGCACAGGGCGCCAUAAUGACAUACGGGGCUGUUUGGGCAGGUCAGCCGGACGAUGACCUUUCCAAGGCGAUGCGACACCUCCUUCCUCUCCGCAGGGUUCACGGUCUUUGGCGAUUUUCAGUCGUAUAGCCAUGGUGUGUACAAGAGGCGGUCUAACCAGGAGCUCGGCGGCCACGCGGUGCAGCUGAUAGGGUGGGGUCAGACGGACAACGGACAGAAAUACUGGAUCGCUGAGAACAGCUGGGGGGACACUUGGGGGGAGAAUCAGCACAUGCAGCAGUGUUCGCAGCAGGAGUGCCGCGGCGACUUCUGUGACCAGUCGAUGGCGGCCUCGGCAUCCAAACAGCAUGGAGAGGUGAGAAGGCGGGGACAUGACGGCGACUGACGCACAUCCGUACCUCUCUUUGUCUCCAGACGUGUGGGUAUUUCCGCAUAACCCGUGGCGAGAAUCACGUUGGUAAGCCAUGCCUCCCUCCUCAUGACGGCAAAGAUUGCGAGAGCACAGGGCCACACAAACAACCCCAUCCCCCCACCAGCACAUACACGUCUCGAUGCCCGUCUAUCUGCUCGUCAGGCAUCGAAGAGCUUGCCGCCCACUCCUUCGUGCAAGGGUAACCACUGACACACAGACAGAAAUACAGACAUAUAUGUGACAUCAGCGGGGGUGGUUCGUGUGUGUCUGUGUGUGUCAGGUUGGAGCCCGACUCGACGCACGUGCCUCAGAGUAGCGAGCAGUUUGCGGAAGGGGCGGCCAUCGGUGCAGGUGUGGCUGGCGGGGGGCUGUUGGUGGUGGCUGGUAUCGCCGCAGCGGUUUGGAAGCUCUUCUGUAGCGGCGGCCGGGGUGGGUAUGACAAGAUGUAAUUAGCAUGAGUGUGAUUAGGGGAGAGGAGAGGAGGGUGCAUUCAUUGGAUGGAUGGAUGGAUGAACGGGGGGAUGGGCAUUCGCCGAAUGAGCAAACACUCUGUCGAUAGAGGUGCCUCUUUUGUUGUGGUGCUUUUGAUGUGACGAACUCCGUCCUGCCGCAUCAAAGUUCCUCCCUCCCUCCCUCCAUCCCGUAUGUUGCACCUUACGUGCGGA